CCAUAGGAAGUGCCCGGCUGCUUUACAGUCGGUUUCCACAUAAAACUCGUCACCUCCCACCUUCUUCCCCCCCCGUCUUCUCUCCCCCUCUCUCUCUCUCUUUGUGCUAGCUUCUCUCAUGGCAACAGUACCAGAAGACACAGAACUGCUAAACUACCAAACAACUGUAUUAAAAGUCUCAAUACACUGCGAAGCCUGCAAGAAAAAAGUGAAGAGAGUCCUUCAGGGACUGGAAGGUGUUUAUUCCAUAGACAUCAAUUCGAAACAGAACAAAGUAACUGUAACUGGCAGCACCGACGCCGAAUCCUUAAUUCGGAGACUUAUUAAAUACGGUAAGCACGCCGAGCUCUGGCCGGAGAAAAAACCCGCAGCCUCCCUUUCUUCCAGCCCGGAAGCCGCCAGUGAUGCCGACACAAAUCCUGACGCCCCUGUGCCUAAAACAGAUCAACAGCUCCUGAAUACAGAGAAGCAGCAGCAACCGGAAGAGUUAAACAACGAAACCAUUCCCUCACCGCCCACAGAAUCAACCGCAACCGCUCCGGCCGCCGUUGAAGCCGGUGCUCGCGACGCAGCUGAUGAAUUGGAGAAGAAGGGGAAACAAACGAAGAAAGAAACGAGCAGUGUAGAUGAAAGCGCUUUAGACGGAAGACUCUUACAGGUAAUGCUGCACGGGAGUUUGCAGGGGAGUGAAGAACCGCUAGAAAAAGCUGUAGGGUAUGAUUUGCAUAAAAAAAAAGAGGAAAAAAGUCCCAAAGGGCCAUCCGGAGGUGGGCCUGUUGUAGGAAAAAUUUCAGAGGGCCUGCUGCAGAAAAAAAUUUUGGAAGGCCUGCUGCUGGAAAAGCUCUGGAGGAAGACUAUUGUAGGGGAAAGCUCCGGAGGAGUGCUUAUUGCAGGGAAAAGCUCCGGAGGGCUUAUGGCAAGGAAAAGCUCUAGAGGAGGGCCUGCAGUAAGAAAGACUCCGGAGGAGAGUCUGUUGCGGAAAAAAUUUCGACUGCAGAAUUCUAACCUAAAGCAUGCAUUGAGCUUAGGACCAAGUUUGAAAUGA